GUUACAGGCAUGAACUGUAAGCCAUAAAACCCAAGUACUUUAUGGACAUAUGAAUUCCACACAAACCCAAUGAAUAAAAGAUGGUUCUGUUAGCUUUUUAAUCAUUCGUAUCACAUAAUGGCCAUUUUGUAUAGCAUCCCGGAAACUGAGAAAAGCAGUGCCAGUGGACAUUAGCUGCGAACUAUCAGACUAAUAAUCAUGCAGUCGGCACAAAAAGGGUGGUAAUGCAUAGGGCUUGAUACAAAACACAAGGGAGGCUAAUGGUGGCUCAUCGAUGUAUGUGCAGCAGUGGUGGGUGUUGGCGCCUGGUGGUGGGGUAACACAUAGAUUGGGAUAGCAUGAAAAGGACUAAAGAAGAGGUGAUGAGGCUUGGAGCCUUGGUUGGUACGGUUGGUGCGUCUUUACCUGCCCCUUAAAAACUGUUUCCAACGCAAGUCAGAGUAGUCAGUCAAGGGUUCCUUUCUCUCCCCGCAUUCUCAGCUCAGCUCCCCUCCCCCACAAGUCCACACCACACCAUUGUCUCCUCCUCAGACUCCACUGUUUCUCUAUUUUUUCCAUUUCGCGACACUUAUCUUGUCAAUGCCAAUCUCUCUCUCUCUCUAUCUGCUACUCUUGUCUCUUAUUUCCUGUUGCCAAUUAGGUGGGGCUGCUCAACGUCCUUGUGUCAGGAUUCUCAUGCCACACAGUCGUUCACUCACACAACCCUGACAAAAAGGCCUAGAAGCAAAGGAUAAAUCCCCACCCACAUCUCCCCACAAAUUACAAGGAUCCAUAAUCAUCAUCUAAUUUCUCCCUUCUCUCUCCCUCUCCCUCCCCCUCCAUACUCUCCUUUUCCCAGGUUGGUUUUCGCAAAUGAAGACAAUCUUGGCCAAGACACCUCAUGACUCUUCCUUCUCUUUCUCCAGGAGAUAUUUCCACUGGAAAAAAAAGAUUGAAGACGAUGAUGACGACAACGAUGAAGAAGUCUUAACCUUUAGUUCCUCCUCACAUGCCUGUGAUGAUGAGGAUAAGGAGAAGGAAGCGGACUUUAUUAGCACCUCGCUGUCGUUGGCAGCUCCCAGGAAGAAAGCUGCUCUUUCUUCUAAGCUCCGCUCGGCUCUCGCUCUUACCCUUUUCGGUAAGAGGCGUUCACACCUAUCCUCUGGACUUGGCACCCGAGUUAUAGGCACCCUCUUUGGCUAUCGUCGUGGACAUGUUCACUUCGCGUUUCAGGAGGAUCCCAAGUCGCAUCCUGCCUUCCUGAUGGAACUCGCGACCUCAACAAGCGUUUUGGUUCGAGAAAUGGCGUCUGGGUUGGUCAGAAUUGCGCUGGAGUGUGAUAAGAAGGUGGAGAUGAAGAAAGGCACAAGAUUGCUGGAGGAGCCUCUCUGGAGGACGUACUGCAACGGCAAGAAAUGUGGGUAUGGCAUGAAGAGAGAAUGUGGAGCGGAGGAGUGGAAGGUGUUGAAGACGGUAGAGCCAAUUUCAAUGGGCGCUGGGGUGCUGCCAGGGAAUGGAGAAACUGGGUCCGAGGGAGAGCUCAUGUACAUGAGAGCCAAGUUUGAGAGGGUUGUGGGGUCUAAAGACUCUGAGGCCUUCUACAUGAUGAACCCUGAUGGCACCGGUGGUCCUGAACUUAGUAUUUAUCUACUUAGAGUUUAAGUUUGAAUUUUCAUCCACUUUCUUCUUCAUUUAAGCUUUGGAAUUUCAUUUUCAGAGGUUUGGAGGUUUGGUCCUCUUGCAUUCAGUGUAACACUAAGUACGGUGCUUUAUUAGCUUGUUCUAAGUUGUGGGGUGGGAGAAAAUAGCAUUAGGGAAGUGGUGGCAAAGAGCCUUUAUAGAAUGGUGGGUGGUGGGGUGCAUCUAUAACCAUGUAUAUUACUCUUUCUCUGCAAGUGGAAAACCAGCCCUUGCUAAUCAAAACAUCUUGUCUUUCAUUUUGAAA